AUGUCGUCUAAUGAGGGAGAAUGGCCGGGGGCGGAGGUGGGAGAGGAGCCGGUCAGUCCCACUGGCCAGUACUUCAACAGUUCCGCACUCUCAGUGUGCAUCCUCUCCGCCUUCGAGUCAGAGGUUCCUAUCGACGACUCUCCCACCAUGGACGUCCUCCGGAGCAUGUUCUUGCCCGCCAAUCCACGCUUCUCAUCCAUCAUGGUGAUCUCUCUCUCUCUCUCUCUCCCCUUCCUCCCUCCUUCUCGGCAAAACCAGCAAACAUGAUCGUUCAAAAGCCUAAUGCGCUUGUAAUCAAGAGUAAACGUCGAACUAACUGUUUUGAAAAUAUGUUUAUUCUCAGAAGUUAGCCAGCUUCUGCUAACACUUCAAUCAGAUAUACUCUUCUCUCUACUUCUUCCGAUCCCUCGUGCUUCUCUUCUUUCGUGCUCUAUUUUCAUGGGCUCCAGUCUACUUUCCCCAAUUAUUGCAUCUAUUGUGACGCUAUUUCCGAGCAAUACUAGCCAGGUUAUUUCUGCUUAUCCGAUGACUAUUGUUUCAUGUUAGAUCUUCAUGGUCUCCGGUCUAUUUUGCCCAAACGUUGCAUUUACUGAUACAUUAUCUUCUGUUUCUUUACGAAUUGUCGCACGAUGGGUUGAAUUUUUUUAUUUUCCUUCAUGAUAUGGUAUCAUGACUGAUAAAUACAAACUCUGCCGAUUCUACGGAGGUUUCCUGUGGACGGUAACGUUAGGUCAGAUAGGAGAUACUCAACACGAGAGAGGCUUUGUGGAUCAGAAUUUAUGGAGUGCAUUAGUUUCCGUAGCAGCAAUCUGCCAUGGCUCUGUUCUCAAGCAAAAACAAUUUAAUAGUUGCAGUAGGCGCCACAAUUCACCACUUUUAAAAUUUUAUCUGUCCUUGGUGGCACCGGAGUUAAGACGAGUUAAGAUCUGCCCAGGUUACAGAUAAGAAAGGAGUGAAACUGUGGAAACGGGUACCGGUCAACUUGGAGGACCAUGUCAACGUGCCCGUCUUCCCUCCGGGCCUGUCGGUGGAGGCCUACCAUCGGUGCACGCAGGACUACCUCACCAAGAUAGGCAUGGAAAAGAUGCGCCAGGAUAGGCCCCUGUGGGAGAUCCACAUUCUCAAGUACCCUACGCUCACCGGAGAAGGGACGCUGGUUUUCAAGCUGCACCACGCACUGGGGGACGGCUUCACCCUCUUGGGUGCUCUCUUGUCCUUGUUGAAGAGGGCCGAUGACCCUUCACUCCCCAUCACCUUCCCUAGUCGCAGCAAGAAAGGGGAGGAAAAAGAAAAGGGAAGGAACCUGUGGCGGACAGCCACGCACGCCGUCCACGUGGGGAUCAACACCGCGUGGGAGUUCGGGUGGAGUCUCCUGAAGGGGGAGGACAAAAGGAGCCCAAUCCGAUCUGGGGACCCUGGCGUGGAGUUCCGACCAGUCGUCAUCAGCAGUGUCAUAUUUCCCCUCGACGACCUCCGACGAAUCAAAAACAAGCUUGGAGGGGUAAGCGACUACUCCAUCUUAUCAGGGCUUUAUUUUCUGUGUGAUCCCCCGCUACAGUUUCCAAACAGUGGAAUUUUCUUCUUAAAGUCUGCGAAUGUCCCAACCCAGGUCACUUUUGGGGAUCUGAUUUGGAACGGAUCCAUGAUUGUUUUUAGAAGUAAUACUGCCGCCCUAAAAAUUUCCGUCCCAUUGAUCUCGGGGGAAUCAUGCCAAAGUUAUUUCCAAACACGAUUUUCAAUUAAACUGACACUGAAUGUAGCGAAUUUUACAACUGAAGUGCAUGGGCCCCGCUCGAUUUAUAAACAGCUAACUGGGAACUUGUCGACAUAUGGUACAUAGUUUUAAAUUUUGAACUGUUUUCUUUUCUGUGUAGUAUGUAGACUAAAAAUGGAAGCUCACAUGAUAUCUCGGAAAAAUCAUACACAACGAAAAAAAAUAUAUGGGUACCCUAAUCAUUAUUGAUUGUUGAUUGGUCUUUAGUUGGUCAGUCGGAACAUUCAUUUUUUCUUUGUCUUGAUGGCAACUUUUGUUUAUGAUUUUCAGACCAUCAACGAUGUCAUCACAGGGAUAAUAUUCUUAGGAGUCCAGCUAUACCUGACUAGCGGAACCAAGGAGAGGGUCGGCUACAAUUCUACGGCUCUCAUCCUGAUCAAUACCCGGGUAGUCGACACCUACCAGAGUCUGCACGAGAUGACAAAACCUGACGCGAAGUCGCCGUGGGGAAACCAGUUCGGCUUCUUGCAUGUGUCCUUACCCCAGCACGACGAUCCGGAGAGUCAGAACCCCCUGGACUUCGUCUCCGAAGCGAGGGAGACCAUAGAGAAGAAGAGAAAUUCUCUUGCGGUUUACCUUAACGGCAGAUUCUUGGAGAUCAUACGAAAACUGAAAGGCUCCGAGGUAUUUCGGUUUAAUUUUUUAUUACAGUAUGAUCGUGGAGUCAUAUGAUAUAUAAUCUGUUCAACGGAUUCAUUUUACAGGUGCUGUUCAUGUGGCCGAUUAUUUAAUGUUGACAGACGUCAGUUUAUCGAACUUCGUGUGAACGUCAUUUAAUGUGUGUUCAGGUCGCCGCCGAGUAUGUCCACACCACCCUGAGAAACACUAGCAUGACGAUAUCAAACAUGAUUGGGCCUUUGGAUCAGAUUGAGAUUGCGGGCCAUAACGUUCGAAGCUUCUACUUCAUGGUUGUGGGUGUUCCUCAGGUAAGAUCAUCCUGUCGGGAUAUUUAUUCGGGAGACCUUUUGGAGCUGUAUUCCAAAGAAGCUUGACGAAUUGUCAAUAUGCAGAGCUUAACGAUUACGAUGAUAAGUUAUAUGGGCAAGCUGAGAGUGACCUUCGGAACAGAAAAGGGCUUCAUAGAUGAGCAGCGGCUGAUGCUGUGUGUGGAGAAGGCAUUUACCAGGAUAUUUCAAAAAGCCCUCGGCGAGCAAGGUUGA